GGCAAAAUUUCUGGGUUCGGCCAUCGAUGAUAAUUAAAUUGCACCCAUCCCCAUCGCCUCGCACGUACGCGCAUGUAUAUAGUACUUUCGUAUAAUAGUACGUAGUUGCUGCCCGUCGUCCACGUCCUCAGGAGUAUAACGACAACACGAAAACAAUCGAGCCCGCAAUUUGCGCAGUGCCCACUGCCACGCGCCGUUUCAACCAAACAGCCUCUGAGAUCAUCACUCCUGCGAAACCCGCCCCCCGAUCGAGAGGAUCUUGCCGGUCCCGCUUCCGCCAUCGUUCUAUCGGUCAUUCGAAUCAGCACUAUUUUAUACUUGGGGGACCCUUUCGGCCACCAGUCGCCACCACAUUUUUGGUCCUCGACAUAUCCAACGUCGACCAAGAAUACCGCACACCAUGGACGACACCGUGGAGCGCAACCGCCUACGACGCGAGCAAGCGCACGAAGCCGAUGUCGUUGUCGUCGGCGCAGGAAUCUUUGGCUGCGCAAUCUCCUACGCCCUCGCAAACCAGGGGCGCUCCGUCAUCUUGCUCGAACGAUGGAUGCACCAGCCAGACCGCAUUGUAGGCGAGCUGCUGCAACCCGGAGGCGUAGCAGCGCUCAAGAAACUGGGAUUGGGGCACUGCUUGGAGGAUAUUGAUGCAAUCCCCUGCAAGGGGUACACAGUUCUGUACCAUGGCGUACCAACCAAGAUUUCGUAUCCCACAAUCGACGACGACGGGCAAGUCAUUCACCAAUGGCACGGAUCAGGCAGAGAGGGAAAGAGGCCUGUCGGGCGGGCCUUUCACCACGGCCGGUUCAUCAUGCAGCUGAGGCGAGCGUGCAUGGCGCACCACAACAUCACCGUGGUCGAGACCGAGGUCACGAACACGAUACGGAGCGAAGUGAGCGACGAGGUCCUCGGCGUCGAGACGCGAACGACGAACAAGGAGACAGGCGAGAAGACACGGGACUGCUUCUUUGGGCAGCUCAACAUCAUCGCGGAUGGGUACGCCUCCAAGUUUCGCAAAGGGGUUCUUGACGCCACGCCCGUCGUGCGCAGCAAGUUCUACGCCCUCGAGCUCAUCGACUGUCCGCUCCCCGAGCCUUUCCACGCCCUCGUCGUGAUCGGCAACGCAUUCCCCGUCCUUCUCUACCAAAUUGGCAGCCGCGAGACGCGCGCGCUGAUCGACGUCCCGGCCGACAUCCCCGAGGCCAGCCCCGCGGCCGGUGGUGUCAGGGGCUACAUCAACAACUGUGUCCUGCCCGCCGUGCCGGAGCCCAUUCGGUCCGCAAUGGUGACCGCACUGGCCGACGGCAAGAUCCCCCGAAGCAUGCCCAACAGCUGGCUCCCCCCCUCCAAGCAAUCGACCGAUGGCCUCAUCCUCCUCGGCGACGCGAUGAACAUGCGUCAUCCUCUGACGGGUGGAGGUAUGACUGUCGCGUUCAACGACGCCGUUAUGCUGUCCGACCUGCUCCAUCCGAGCCAGGUCCCGAGCCUGAGUGACUCGCAGGCCGUCCGGUCCGCCAUGGACACGCUCUACUGGAAGAGGAAGCGCCUCACCGGCAUCGUCAACGUGCUCGCGCAGGCACUCUAUGCGCUGUUCGCCGCCAACGACACGCAGCUGCGCGCGCUGCAGCGCGGUUGCUUUGGCUACUUUGAGCGUGGCAUGACCGACGCGCCCGCCGGCUUGCUCGGCGCCAUCCUCCAGCGCCCGGUCGUGCUGGCCUACCACUUCUUCAGCGUUGCCUUCCUGGCGAUCUGGAUGAACGCCUGCGAAGUCGUCGGGUCCGUGUGGGGUAUAUGGAAGGCCCCGCUGGCUCUGAUCGACAUGUUCCUCAUCUUGUGGAAGGCGUGUGUCGUGUUUGUGCCGGUGAUGUGGCGCGAGGCGUGUAGGUGAAUACCCCGUCACAGUAUGACGAUUACGAUGAGCGUUGCAUUUGGAUCGGGUUGGCAGCAUUGCGCAUAUUCCUAUCGGCGUUAUUGGCACCUCUUUUAGGGGGGGAGAAAGCAUGCUCUCAGGCAAAUUCGAUGGGAGUCUUGGAUGUUAUCGCGAUAUUUCAGCUGCAUAGACAUGCUUGUAUAAUUUAAUUAUAAUGCACACAUAUACACUUCA